UUAUGAUAUGUACGUGGUCAUCGAUUGGCUUAUCAGGACUUUAAAGUGGUGCAUUGUUCUUAACUAUUCUAGGAGAGAACAUUGCUUGCUUUUAUAAUCUAGUUUUUAUUAAAAAAAAAAAAGGCUCAAAGAAGUCAGCAGAAGAACUUUGUUAGAAAAAGAAAAUCUUGUUCUAAUUUUUAUACUUUUUGCUAUUGUCUGUAUGAUUAUUCACGGGGAAACUCUAAUACAGAUUCCAAGGUAUUACAGCAUUGAAAUUACUGACAACAACGGAAUAACAAAAUGGAUUUUCGUUAAAGAAGAAAAUCGUUUUGAUAGUUUUGCUAAAGGCGAAGACAACAAGUUUUGGGAACCUCCUUGCGUAGCUGAAGAUCAAAGUGAUGUAGUUACUCCACCAAUUGAAAUCAUGGAGGCAUACGAUGAAGAUGUCCCUGGAUCGUAUGAUUACCCCCCUCCAUUGAAAGAUAUUUUUAAUGACUCAACUAAUUAUGAGGAAAAUGACACUGAGUUAUUCAACAUUAAAGACAUUUUAAUCCCCCGCGACACUACGAAAGAGAGCCGAAUGUACUCAAUGACCAAGGUACUGUUUCAAAAGACGAUGAUGCAUAAUAUUCUAGUAAAGAAUUUGAUGAAUAGGCCAACGAAUACUUUUCGAUAUAUCAAAACGAUAAUCUUUCAAAUUUACAACCAUCGAAUUUUAUCUAACUAAACUAAAUCCUGUGAUUGUAAUAAUUUGCCUAUGAAUUAUAUAGAAAGUUUGGGAUUUUAUUAUCAUAAGUGUACCUGAUUGAAUGUUUAUAUAUGGUGAUUAAAAUAUUUUUAUAUCCAAAUUGCAAAAUUUGGUGAGUGGCAAACCCAAUGCCAAUGAAGAAGUCAACAUCCAUUAUUUUCCUCAAUAUUAAUAUUUCAAUUAUUAUCUCAUAUGCUCAAAAUUUCUAAUUGUCGUAGACACCCCAC